GAAUCCUUCAAAGAAAUCCUUCUUUCAACUUCGUUUUGUUUUUUUUUUUUAAUUUUCAUGAAAUAGAUUUGCUGAUAGUCUGAACUUGGCGAUCUUAUAAUUUUUGUAUUUUUGCUAAUUUUGGAACCUUUUUAUAUAAAUUGGGCUUAGAUUAAUGGUUUCGUUAAUAAAAGGUAUGAAACAAAAAUCUGUAAUGCGGGGGGAAGUAAAAAGGGAAUACAUUUAUAUGGAGAAAUGACAGUCCAUUAUUUUCUAAUACUCCAUACAAACGUAGUGACGCUCUCAUUUUAAAGCGACUAGCUAUAUUUCUCUGCAACUUUGUACUUAAAAUAGGGAAAGGUAUAUCUAUGCCUGUAAUAGUUUAAAAAUACAGCGUAUUUAAGUUUUUCAUACAAAACUUGUUUUUGCUCUAUUUAGUUUGUUUUAUAAGCUGGUGCUAUAUAAACUUAUUAAUUACGGACAUAGAUAUACCUCAUGUCACUAAAUGUGCAAAGUUUCAUUUCAAUACAACACGUAGUUUUAAAAUGAGAACGAAAAACUCAGUUUGUAUGAGAAUGUCAAAUUUGGCCUGGCUUGCUGGGGACUCUAUAUAAACCAUGUACAUACACUACCUAGUCCUUUUUAGGGUUCCGUAGUCAACUAGGAACCCUUAUAGUUUCGCCAUGUCCGUCUGUCUGUCUGUCUGUCCGAGGCUUUGCUCCUUGGUCGUUAGUGCUACAAAGCUGAAAUUUGGCAUGGAUAUAUAAAUCAAUAAAGCCGACAAAGUCGUACAAUAAAAUCUAAAAAUUUAAUUUUUUUUAGGGUACCUCCCCUACACGUAAGGUGGGGGUGAAUUUUUUUUUUCGCUUCAACCCUAAAGUGUGGGGUAUCGUUGGAAAGGUCUUGUGUGCUCAAAACUAAUACGGGUCUUCAACAAACAUUUUUUGAUAAAGUGAAUAUAUUCGGAGAUAAUCGCUCCGAAAGAAAAAAUAAAUGUGUCCCCCCCCCUCUAACUUUUGAACCAUAGGUCCAAAAAAUAUGAAAAAAAUCGUGGAAGUAGAGCUUAAGAAAGACAUUAAAUGAAAACUAUAGCGGACAUGAUCAGUUUAGCUGUUUUUGAGUUAUCCCAAAAAGUUUCCCCUUCAUAGUAAAAAGACUUACUUUAAUUAGGUACUGAUUAUGCAAAUUUGCCUAUUUGUUAAACUCGCGUGAAAGGUACCGUUUCAUCCCUUGGUUAACAAUUUACUAUACUUUAAGCUCCAGUUUAGCUUAUUGUGACGGAAGAGUAACUACGGAACCCUACACUGAGCGUGGCCCGACAUGCUCUUGCCCGUUUAUUAUUCAUUACUGCAGUACACCUUUAAUACAAAUGGAUUGUUAACAUGUAGGUACAAUGAUUUAAUUAAGCAAAUGGCAAAUCCAUGCCUCGAUCUCGAUAAUGAUGACAAAGGACGUGCUUAAAGUUUAUUGAAGGACUAUGUUGAACUAUGACCCGCGUUGGAGCUCGCUCGGGCUGCGCGCGUGUUGUGCUAGGUCGGCGAUCGGCGCGCACCGCGCGCGCGGCCGCGCCCACCGGCGCAGGCGAACGUGAAAAAGUAUGACCCGUUCUUACACAUAUGAGAUCGCUAUAUAAGUCUUGGCCGACUCAUUUUGCUCUCAUUUCGGCUCACGCUCAACUUUGGCUAAUACAUUAAUAUUUUUGGAGGAUUUGACUAAUUUUUUAUGAGAUACAAAUUUUGUAUGAUACAGAUUUUAGGUAAACUUUACCACUGAGAUAAAAAAAAUCGAAAAUGAAUACGGUAAUAUUGGCCCUCGCGUUGACGCUUACGAGUGUAUGCGCGUAUCACGAUCCGGACCUUAACUACCACUUGAGCCAAUUGCAAGCCGCUCCGAACUGUGACAACGGCCACACGGGUUCCGGUCCCGGUUACUCGUAUCUGCCACCAGCCGUUCAGCUCACCACCACUGGAGUAAAAGUGGCUGCUCCUGUAGCCUCACAACAAGUGCUCUCAGCCCCUGCGUAUCAGUAUUCUGGAUCUAGCAGCUAUCAAACAGGAGCUGCAUACCAAGCAGCAGCAGGAUAUCAAUCAGCAGCAGCCUAUCAAGUUUCUGCACCCAUUCAACCGCAACUUACACCGGCAUUCCAAACCUCAUCACUGGUUUCACACGCAAAUGCUGCUCCUGCAUACUCAGCCCAGAGAGAAUUUCACGGCUAUGCCACCUCCGCCGGCCUAUCAGCAGCAGCCUCUUCUGGGAAAACAGUGACACCUCUCGCAACGUACGCUCAGGCGCCCAUCAUUGCCAAAGUGACAGCAGCUCCGCUGAUUGCCAGAUUUACAUUAGCUGCGCCCAAAAAUAACUUUGUGUCUCAGAACUUAGUGUCGCAACAGGCUUCAUACGCUGCCGGAUCAGCAGUAGCAUACAGUUCGGAGGAGACGGCUAGCCCAGUCGUAGCGCAGGUGUAUGCGGCUCCAUCUGCUGGAUACGCAACAUCGCCUGCCCUAAGACAACAGACUCCCCAACUUUUUGAGCCGUCACGAUACACGGUAGCGCAGCCUGCUGUAUCUCAGUAUAGAACCGCGCCUAUUUCUGGAUUGACGCCCGUCGCACCAGUGGCUUCGCAAUACCGAGCGCCAGUGAUAGCUCAAUACCAGUCUGCUCAGCUCGCCCCUGCUGUAUCCCAGUACGCUGCACCAGCAGUUACCCAUGUUGCGCCUGCAGUGACCCAGUACACUGCUCCAGUCAUCUCCCAGCACGCGGGUCAGUCGGUGGCGUACUCCACGUCGUCCAUCAGCCAUCACUCCGGCGGGAGCAUCGCGCAGUACGCCGCAGCGCCGGUGGCCGUCAACCACAACAUCGCCGUGGCUGCUCCAGCGAGGAUCGCUCAUGUCAAAAAUGUUCACACGGACUUCCUACAAAAUUAUGACGCGCAUCCCCGCUACGCGUACGAGUACGCCGUGAACGACCCUCACACCGGCGACAUUAAACAUCAGAAAGAACAGCGCGACGGAGAAGUUGUUAAGGGUCAGUACUCGCUGGUGGAGCCGGACGGCUCCGUGCGCACCGUCGACUACGUCGCCGACUGGGAGACCGGUUUCCACGCCAACGUGCGCAAUGACAGACACCACUAGUGCCCUAAAUGGACGAUGGGGAUUACGUCAAUGGAUUCAAUAACAGUGCAAUUCAAAAACUGACCCAGGACAGCUUUUUAGAGAGCUUUCACGAAAGAGUACGAGAGUAAUCUCCAACUAAGUAUAUCCGUAAUAAUCUUGCGUAUUUGAAGCUUACACUUGCUUAUAGGUGUUUCUGAAGCGAACGUUCACUUACGCUCUGCAAGAAAUGGGAAAUGCACAGAAGCAUCAAUUUCGGCGCCUAAUAUUGCUGGCGUUCAUAUAAGCAAAGUUGUGGAGUACCUUGGCUCUAAUCGCCGAAUAUUACGGUUUACUAUGGUUGCCCAGAACUUUAAAACUUCAUCUUAUCGUGUAUAUUAUUAGAAUGACAGCUAUUAACUUAUCAGUUUAUUUAGGUAUCCGAAAGUGUUGUGCAAGACUGUUUCUGUUUCAAAACUAGAAACCAGUUCAAUUAAACGAUUGCUUUUUCAUGCCUACCGAUGAUAAAAUAUAUCCCAAGGUAAUAAACAACCUAAGCCAUCUUGUACAAAAUAUCAAAAGAUCCUUCGAGCCUUCGCGACGGUAAUACUUAUAUCUUAUCCUUCGGACAUGUAAUAAAAACAAGGAAAGUGAGGACCUAUUUUAGAUUUUAGCUCUAUUUCGAGCUAUCUUGAGCUAAUAAAUAGUUUUAUUUAUAUAUAUAAGCUAUAUAUAGUUAGCUAGAUAUAGUUAAACUAUCAAAAUGUACCGUAUAAAAUAAUAAGUCAACUGAGAUAAACCCAAAAAACUCCGUCAGGAAGGAGCGGUACCUCCUAACACAAGUAUUGCUAUACUUACCAGGAGGUAUCCAUUACCAAUAUUGUUUAAAUUCUACUAGAUACCAAAUAAACUAUUUUGUUUUUA